CCAUUUGCAGGGAAUUGCCGGUGUGCUCUGAGACAAACCUUUCCUUGGUGCAUUCUGCCUUUGCCUGUAACGAUGAGCUCACCUCCAAAUGAUAUUCCCAUCCUGUCGACCUCGCCGGUGACUGCGCAAGGCGGCCCGCCAGUCCAUCGCAGGGACAGCGUCACCCCAAGCGACGACCGUCCUCGACAUUCACCUACUCUUGUUCGCUCUUUCGACCCCAAUGACCCUCAAGUAAGGGAACGCCAAAGGACCAUGGACGUUGACAUGGCCAUGCAUCUUUCCAGAGCACGUCGAGAGACCAUAAUAUCGUCCCCAGUGUCGUCUCCAUACGAAACUCUGGCUCCUCAGGAUGCAAUAUCGGCGCUCUCGCCCAAUGAAGAGAACGAGAUUAACAUCGCGCGAGGCGAUGCGGAGGCCGAUAUUGUUGGAGACGAUGCGGUAGCGACGAGACGACAGCCAUCCUUUGUCGACUUGCGCGGCCACGUUCACCAGAGUCAUGACCCAUCCUUGCUCGCCGGCCUUAACACCAACUGCGAACCUCUCGAUGAUCCUUCAUCUUCUGCGUUCGGUUUGCCUACAUACCAGGCGAAUGCUUCUCAACCAAGAUUCGACUUCAGAACGAUGGAGGAUUUUGCAGAGGCAGAAAAGGCGACGUUGGGUAUAUCAACCCCUGCAACAAAAUUUGUGCUGCCAGAGUCGCGGAACUUGCCCAACGAGGGUCCUUCAGAAGGUUCAGGCUCUUCAGCCUUCACAAUCCCGACCCCCCGUACGGCUCGGCAGCGCAAGCUGAGUCAGAGCAACACGAAUCCUCGUAUGCGGAAAGGUAUUGGCAAGAAGCUUGCUCUGUUUGAAGGAAACGUAGGCGCAGUUCCUCCUCCUCUUCCUGGCCGUCUUGGGAUGCAUUUUGUUGGUACCCAGCAUCCUUCCUCGACUGACGACCUCCCUGCUCAAGUUCCCUCUGGACCUGGGUUUGGUAUCUUAAAUACCGGUCAUGAUCGCCCUUACCGGUUCUCUUUUUACUCCAACGCACUCUCUGCUACCAUUCAUGCCCGAAGUCUUAGCGAACUGCCCGCAGACGGACAAUCAUUUGAAGACCUCUUUUCCGGUAUAGCAGCACCGUCGCCUUCGAACCCUCAGCUCAAAAGUGAUAGACCGUCUGCUUUUACACCACCUGAUAGACGCCAAAGUUAUGCACCAAGAAACGGUCCGCAUGGUUAUUUUCCUCCAACUGAAAAGCCUUCCUAUGACAACGGUAAUAGGAUAACCGGUGGUAUGAUGCCAAAUGGCAGCUUUGACGGUUCAACCUGGUGGCUAGACAUACAGAGUCCUACAGACGAGGAAAUGAAAGUGUUGAGCAAGGUUUUCUCGAUUCAUCCCCUCACAACCGAAGACAUCCAGAUGGAAGAAAUUCGCGAGAAGAUCGAACUCUUUCACAAUUACUACCUAGUCUGUUUCCGCAGCUUUGACCAGGAUCCAUACAGCCCUACACAUCUAGAACCACUCAAUAUGUAUAUUAUCGUUUUCCGUGAAGGUACCAUAUCGUUCCACUUCCGACCCACUCCUCACCCGCAAAACGUCCGUCGGCGUAUUAAACAGUUGAAGGACUACAUCAACGUCACCUCCGACUGGAUUUCCUACGCUCUCAUCGAUGAUAUUACUGAUGCGUUCGGCCCUCUAAUUCAAAAUAUUGAAUACGAAGUCGACAGUAUCGACGAGAUCGUGCUCAUUAUCAAGGAGGCAGAGCAGAGUGAUAUGCUACGGAGGAUCGGCACCUGUAGAAAGAAGGUCAUGGGCCUGCUUCGGCUAAUGGGAAACAAAGCUGAUGUCGUGAAGGGAUUGGCGAAGAGGUGCAAUGAGAAUUGGCAGGUUGCGCCGACCUCAGAUAUUGGCCUCUACCUCUCGGAUAUUCAAGACCAUCUCAUCACCAUGACGCAAAAUCUCAACCACUACGAGAAGAUUUUAUCACGCUCUCAUUCGAACUACCUGGCUCAGAUCUCUAUCGAGAUGACAGAUGCCAACAAUCAGAUCAACGACGUUCUCUCGAAGCUGACUGCCCUUGGUACAAUACUCAUUCCGAUGAACUUGAUUACCGGUCUCUGGGGAAUGAACGUCCACGUACCUGGCCAGAAUGUCCCGGGAUACGGUUGGUUCAUCUCGAUAAUAGCCUGUCUUACCGCUUUUGCAGUUGUCGGAGGCUACUUGACGCAUAAAUUUAUGCGGCGAUAGACUUCAGCACUCGAUUUCAUAAUAUUAUUAUAAUCGUUGUAUUUCUAUCAUGAUUGACAUUACGUCUAACUAGCAUACGGAUUCAGAUAUCGUAAGGGUUGCUAAACGUAGGCACUUGCACCCGCACCCACUUUUGUCCAUUGCAGUAUACAACUACAAAGUUAUUUACUCUCUCCACGAAGCAGGUAUCAUUCUUAAUGUUCUAGUCGAUGCAAUACUAUUUCCGGGUCAUGCCAUGCUUUUUUUCUUUGUU